AUGAGCUUAGCUACCGUCGACGACCCAACGCGUGAAGAGCUCCAACUACUGGCGACAUCGGAGACGGAGGAAUUAGCCACUACCCUCUAUGACACCAUCCACAACUCUCUCAUCUUAAGACACAUUAUUCCCUAUUUGCCCGUGUCGAGUGUCCUGAGCCUCGCUGCUACAAGCCGAGCUUUCCGAGCCCUCAUCCGAGAGACCCCAGGAGUUUUCCGUCAUCUUGAUUUAUCUCACAUCAAGGCAGUCCAGUUUGAGAUUGACAAGAUCGAUCAUGGAGGCGAGGUCUGGCGCAAUGUUCAGCUAGAUGAAAACCUCACCGAAGAUGACUUCUACUCCGGCCCGCUGAGGGGCAUCUUUUCAACCCUUCGGCGACAGAGCAUUCUGCAGAAUGUUCAGACUCUGGUACUUGACGGGCUCUCCGUGACUUCGGAGCUCUGCCAUGAAAUUAUCAAUGAUGCCAGUUUCAAUGUUCGCGUCUUGUCCAUUCGUGAAGUCAAGAACCUGAACCACGGCAAGCUUCGCCAAACACUUCAGUAUGCUUGUCGCCCAACCCGGCGAGCCGGCUCCCCCAGUCUCAAGGCGCUCUACGUCUUUGGCCCCAGGGACGUGUUGGCUGCUGCACAGCAACCCGAUCCAUCCGGAGCGUCUAUUAGUGCAGAGUGGAACCAGAAGAGCCAGAUGGCUCUGGCAUCCUCGCUACAGAACCAAGGCGAUGCUUGGUGGAACAAGAAGGGCCGCAUCCUGCCUCGGUCUGUCAGCCAGGAGUGGGCCAACUGCAUGCUCGCCUGUCAGGGCAUCAUAGCCUUCGAUGCCGUUCUCUGCCGCGGGUCACGACACCGAAAUUCGCCGGCCUACAAGGGCGGAUCGGAUCUUGAUAGCGCUCCCGCUGUGGCUACCCAUGCUCUCCUUGGCUGUGAGAGCUGCCACGACGCUCCCGAAGGCCUCACUCUUCCGAACAGCGGCGCAGUCGCCAACUUACCGCUACUAGCACCGCUGCCUCUCUUUUCUUCGGCCCUUAGAGCGGCGAUCAACCCCAGAGAGCCAUGUAGCUCGUUUGUGCCUAGAUGUAUGGACUGUAUCCGCGAGCGAUACUGCACCAGCUGCAACAAAUGGUGGUGCGAAUCAUGCUAUGUGCUUCCCGGCCAGAGUUUCGGGGGCCAUUUUGAGACACAGGUCACCAUUGUUGACGACGAUGAUGUGGUCAAUGACUUUGACGAAUUGGAUUUCGCAACUCCGACCAUGAAAAAGCCACGAGUGUCGAAGAGUUGCUGGGAAUGCGGCAACAAUUGCGAUGAUUGCAUUAACCUUACCCAGAGGGUGUGCAAAAAGUGCUGUGCUGGAUACUGCACCACUCACAAUGAAGGAUGUUCGAUGAACCACUGCGAUUGUAAAGCUCACCCCCUCUUGGACCUGAUAUAA